AUGUCUUCUUCUCAGCUGGAUGCGAGUCUUGAUGCAUCGGGGACGUCCCUCUCAGAUCCCGUUGAGUUGCAGCAUGUGGAGCAGAGAAUUGCGCGAAGACGCAGCACGCUUCCUGACAUGAUCCUUCCAGAAGUCUCUGGGGGAAUCCCUGUCUCUAAAAACAGCUCCUUUGUUGAGGCUAAUGUGGUAGCGGAUCCUCAGCGAUGGAAUCACCGUUUCACCGGGGUGUUUACCGACCAAGUAUCAAAAGAACGUUCAAAAGAGAAAUUGGUGACGCCAGCCGAGCCAAACGUUGACAAGCCACAAACACCUGAAAUUAAAUGUUGCUCGUUGUUCUUCAGCUAG